AUGUGUGCCGGCUUUGGAGUUCACAUUGAUAACGACCUCGAUGUCAAUCGGACUGAACGUGGCGGUCAAGAAUGGCGAACCAACUGGGAGAGCGAUUUGGUGUCCACAUCCGAGGUGUCCCACCUUGCGCUCAAAUAUGAGAACGCUGAAGAAGUGGGCACAUCCGGUACCCUCUUCAUUUAA